AUUUUUUGCUGCCCUCCAGCCCUUCGCACACUUACUCUUACUCAUUUUAUUCCUAAAUUUGACCGUGAAUUUUUUGAAUAUUUUCUGUAAAAUUUUUGGAAAUGUUGACUUCUUGACUGCAGGCGAAUGUAGACUUUCUGAUCACCAAUUCAGACACUAAGUAAUGUAUGUAAAUUUCGUAGAAAACGUUCUUCAUUGAGCAUUUUCAUCGUCUGCUCUGCUCAAGCUCAAUUUUUGAUUUUAAUUCAUUUUGAAUAAUUAUUUGAGAGCUAAAAAAUGUUGGGCAGACCUUUGAAUAAUUCAGUUUUACAAGCUGGCGUCGCUUACUCCAAAAAAGCUAUAAGAAACGAAUCAACAUUAUCUAAUAAAGUGAAAGAAAAACUUGCCAAUGGUCCUGAUCUAAAACAUUUUAUACAAGCAUCCUCAGAACAAGAAUCCGAACUAUCGAAUGAUUACAACGAAUACGAAGGAAAACUGUAUCGCGAUAAAAACGAUACAGAACGUUUACGUUUACCACCUUGGUUGAAAACCAAAAUUCCAACUGGAGAAAGUUUCUCCUCCUUGAAAGGCCAAUUACGAAAUCUCAAUUUACAUACAGUCUGCGAAGAAGCUAGAUGCCCCAAUAUAGGCGAAUGUUGGAGUGGAGGUAAACAUGGAACGUCGACCGCUACGAUCAUGUUGUUGGGUGACACUUGUACUCGCGGAUGUAGGUUUUGUUCAGUAAAAACUUCUCGAAAACCACCACCGCCUGAUCCGAACGAACCAAAAAAUACCGCAGAUGCGAUUGUAUCUUGGGGGAUUAAUUAUAUCGUUUUAACGUCCGUUGAUCGAGAUGAUUUACCCGAUGGAGGAUCUGCACAUUUCGCUUCGACCGUUCAAGAAAUCAAAAAAAAAAAUGCAAAUAUUCUAGUCGAAUGCCUGGUUCCUGAUUUCCAAGGUAAUCGAGCGUGUUUGGAGACUGUAGCUAAUUGUGGCUUGGAUGUACUAGCUCAUAAUGUUGAAACUGUCGAACAUUUGACUCCUUAUGUUAGAGAUCGUAGAGCCAAUUACAGACAAACGAUGGAAGUUUUACGGACUGUUAAAGAAAUAAAUCCCGAUCUCGUUACCAAAUCUUCAAUCAUGUUGGGAUUGGGCGAAACUGAUGAACAAGUCCACCAAACGUUAAUCGAUUUACGUCAAAGUGGCGUAGAUUGUGUAACAUUAGGACAAUACAUGCAGCCAACGAAAACACAUUUGAAAGUUAUCGAAUACGUGACACCUGCGAAAUUCAAACACUGGGAAGAAAUUGGAUUAGAGCUAGGAUUCCUGUACGUUGCCAGUGGUCCGUUAGUUCGCAGCUCAUACAGAGCGGGUGAAUUUUUCAUCAGCAGCAUUGUCAAAAAAAUGAAAAAAUCGAGUUGAAAAUGCUCGGAAGAGAGAUGAACCACAGUUGUCGUAUCGUGUGGAAAACUGCCUCGACAUUCGUACGAUUGCCAUCGCUAAUUUUUAAGUUGUUUUUUUGUUGUUGAUUAUAUUUAGUUGUUAAGAGGGCUGGUCUAGGACACUGGUACCAAAAUCCGUAAUUACCCUUUUCAAAAUAAUUAUAUUUUUGAAACUCGUUACCUGUAAUUUAUCUACUUUUAAAAAAUUUAAUUUUUGGGUUAGCACGAGCAUUUCCCUAAAUAAAUUUUCGCAUAAGUGUGUA